AUGGGGGAUCUAAACGCACCCCAAAAAAUCAAGGUGUUCAUGUGGAGAGCUAUACGUGGCUUCUUACCAUGUGCAACAAGUUUAAAGCAGAGGAAGAUUGUCGAUAACCCCUGUUGCUGGCACUGCAGGGCACAAUACGAAUCGGUGAUACAUGUUUUGUGGGACUGUCUAAAAGCCAAGAAGACUUGGAAGAAGACUUUCUUACAGGGUGUGUGUAAAGUGUGGCAGGAGCCUACUUUUUUUGACUUGGUGCAGCAUGUGGGCUCUACUUCAACUGGUUUUGAGUUUGAAAAUUUCUGUUUCACGGCGUGGUGGAUAUGGAGAAAUAGGAACUUGAGUAGGCAUGGUGAGAAGACAUGGGAGCCUGGUGAAGUAGCGAGUUUGGCGUCGGAGUGGCAGAAUGAGUUUCUGAAGUUGAAUAGUUUGACUUAUGAAGAUAAAGCCCCAGCUGUCCGGACACGAGUCAGUUGGCAACCCCCACAGCAAGGAAACAUCAAACUAAAUUUCGAUGGGGCUUGUGAUUUGAAGAAGGGAUUAUGUGGACUGGGUAUAGUGUUUAGAGAUUACAAUGGAAGCUUGCAGGGAGCAGUGGCAGUCCCACAGGUGGGUAAUCUGCCACCUAGGUCGGUGGAAGCUUUGGCAUUAUUGCAUGGUUUAAGGUUUGCAGCCCAUGUUGGUUUCUCAAAUAUUGAAAUUGAAGGUGAUGCUCUCUCCAUUAUAAAUGCCUCGCAAGAUAGCUCGGAGGAUCUCUGUUUAGAGGACCAUAUUAUUGACGAAGUUAAAAGUUUAGUUCAAUCUUUAUCUAUUUGUAGUAGUCAUUUUGUGAGACGGGAAGACAACAAGAUUGCUCACCGUUUGGCAAAAGAGGCAUUAAAAGUUAGUUUCCUUUACUUUGUUUGGAGUCGGGGCCUUUAUGGCUCCAUGAGUUAG